GUGCUAAUGAAAUGCACAAAGUAUGCAAAAGAAAGGACAGAGCUAAUUAAAGUAGUAAGAAAUACGGGUGAAGAAACUAUAAAGUCUGCUUAAAGAAUCAGCAGGACAAAAUAUAGUGCAAUAUUAAGGUAUCUUAAAAAAAUAGGGGUAGAUAAGAGAAUUACAUAUAUAUUUUUUUAACUGCCUAUUGAUGCUGUUCAGUCGGUGGCGGUAAUGCACCGGAAGCGGGUUUGUCACCCGCCAUAAAACCGCAAAUAAAGAAGAAGAAGAAGAAGCUGCUCCAGCUACGCUUGGGAUUUUUCAGUACCUGCUCCUCACUCCAGGCCAGUAGGUGGCAGUGUUGCACCGAAAAGCGAAUUUUCCAAACGCCAUUUAAAAGUAAAUAAUUUUUUAUAAGCUAUUACAAAUGAUCGGCGAAGACUCAGAAAAUCCAAGCGUCACAUUCUUCCAACUUACCUGCGAGGGCGCUGUAACCUGCAGCGUCACUGACGGCGCGUGCUUUCCGAGCGCAGGCAUGCGCGCGCUACACAUAUCGCCAGCGAGAAGAGAAAAUGGAGGAAGUCCUAUUGGGUUGACCGCGUUGCAGAUAUACUAUAUUCUUAAAUUUCUCGUUGUGAUGUGAACGACUCAGGAACUGCUUGUAAUUAAACACUAUUCCCAGUUCAGCAGAGCCUGAAACAGAUAAUUCUGUUUGAAAACUAGCACGUGACUCCAUCAGCUAUGGAGGAGAUUGUGAGCCCUGAGCUAGCUCAAACUCCUAAGCCUGAGUCCAGCCAGGAUUUGGAUUCCAGUUCACAAGUUCCAGCUGUUGUAGCAGAGGAGGAAAAGGACAACAAGGGUGACAAAGGCCAAAGUGAUGCCCCUCAAAAAGACCAAGUAGAGGACUUGGAGAAAUCGGCCAAGAACUCCGGUGAGCUUAAGAAGACUUGGGGCUUCCGCAGGACCACCAUUGCAAAGAGAGACAUGGCUGGAGAGACAGCAGGUGUAACAGCAGAGAGUCCUGGAGCACCGGUGCGACGAAGUGGCAGGCAGGCCAAGCGCACUGAUAAGCUUGAGGAGUUCCUGGUGACAGUCAAACGAGGGAGAGGAGCAGCGAGACGUAGCGCGCCCGCUCACCUGGAAAGUGGAGAUCCACCGUCUGAGACCGCAUCAGAGGCCAGCUUUGACGGAAACGCAGAGUCUAAAGUGACCGAAAGCAAAGCGCCAUCCCCAGUGAGGAGGACCAGAGGGAGGGGCAGGGGAAGGGCAUCCCCCAAGCCCAAAGCAGACACGGCUGGCUCAGUCAGUGAGGACGAUAGUUCAGAGAAUGAAGAGAAAGUCAUGAAAGAGACACAAGAAAAGCUCGAGAUAGAGACUGGUGCAGAGGAUGCCAAGAAAGAGGAGGUAAUAAAAGAACUGAAAGAGGAAUUGGAGAACCAAGAUGAAGAGACAAGCAACGAGGAAGUGCCUGCCAACGCAAGACCUUCAAGAAGCCCUUUGAAAUCAGGCCCCAAAAGAGAAGCUAAGCCUAAAGCAGGGGCAUGCAAAGAGAAGAAUGAUGAUGAAGAGGAGGAUGAUGAAUCGUCAUCAUCCAGUGAGUCUGAUAAUGACGGUUAUGAUCCAAAUGCACUUUAUUGCAUCUGCAGACAGAAACACAACAAAAGGUUCAUGAUCUGCUGUGACCGCUGCGAGGAGUGGUUCCACGGAGACUGUGUGGGCAUUACGGAGGCACGUGGCCGUCUAAUGGAGCGCAACAGUGAGGACUAUGUUUGUCCCAACUGCACAGGCAGGAAACCCCAGAGCACCAAGGCCUCCACCUCUACAUCAGGUGCUGAAACUGGCAAACGACCUGCUACUCCCACUGCUGCUCGCAAGUCAGAGCCCAGUCUCGCUCUUGUUAGCCAAGCCAAUGUACAAACACCUACAACUGCUGCCGGUCCACCUCCUGCUACUGCUGCUUUUCCUGCUACUACAGCCUCUCCUGCUUCAGAAGAGAAGACCGGGGAAGAAGUCGGCAUCAAGGGCAGGAUUGAGAAAGCUACUAACCCAAGCGGCAAAAAGAAAAUAAAGAUUUUCCAGCCGCAGGUGAUGGCGACUGCACAGGAAUCUUCUCUGCCUAAGUGCAUUGGUCCCGGCUGUGAGAGGGACGCUCUGCCCGACUCUGUCUACUGUGGUAAUGACUGCAUCCUCAAGCAUGCUGCUGCUGCCAUGAAAACCAUCACUACUGACAGCAAGGAGACAAAACCCAAGGAGAAGCCCAAGCCAAAAAUCCUGAAAAAGCCUGCAGUCAUAUCUACAGUCAAGGUUCCAUAUACACCUAUAGUGGUGGUUUCUGAAAUUUGGAAAACGUCGAGUUUGGGUCCUGAGCGAAGGAGCAGCAGGAGGUCCACUGACUCGUCCAGCAAAGCUCAAGAGGAAUCCUUGGAGUCAGAAGGCCGUGAAGAUGAAGAUGAGGAGGAUGAAGAAGACAGAGUUGCAGAGGAGCAUCCACCACCCCCAGCCAUGUCGUCCUGGUCCAGCGACCAUAAUUACAUUGCAGUAGCGCCAGAAAAGACUACAGCAAUAUCACCAACUGUGUUAAACAAAGCGUCAGCUGCUCAAAAGGAUGAGGAGGAAAAAACAGAAGAAACUGAACCAGAAAAGAAAGAGCAAGCACCUAUUGAGAAGAAACCUCCAGCAGCAACUGUGUCUCCCAAAGGAGGCAAAAAGUCCCCAGGCCCGAAGAUGGGCAAGCCUCCUCCGGUCUCUACGCCCAAAGGCAAAACAAGCACUACGUCCUCAAGCAGUGCCAAAGACUUGAAAAAACCGUCUGCAUCCCAAGGCAAAGUGGUCAAAUCCAAAAAACCAGGACCACCCCCUCCUCCUAUUCCAGUAUUCUCUACUUCUGGUCCUCCUGGAUCACGGCUCCAUCCCACUGGAGCUCUGAGUGUUGGCAAGAGCACCUUCACCAUCCCCAAAAAGCAGCCACAGUCUGGGGUGAAGGAAUCUGUGAGUUCUGGUCCCUCUCAGGCCUCCAGGAUGCCUCCUGUGUCCAUGCCCUCUAGCUCCCAGAGCCAGCCACCGGCGUCCAAGCCAGCGCCACCAGCAGCACCUCUCCCUCCACAAGCACCUCCUAACAACCAGAUGAGGUCCAACAUCCGACGUUCGCUCACCGACAUUCUGUACAAAAGGGUGAGUGACAGCGAUGAUCUCUCUAUGUCUGAGAGCGAGGUGGGCAAACUGGCUGUCAGCAUUGAGAAAGAAAUGUUCAAUCUGUACAUGAACACAGACAGCAAGUACAAGAACAAAUACAGAUCCCUCAUGUUCAACUUGAAGGACCCUAAAAAUAAGGGCUUGUUCUAUCGUGUGAUUGGUGGAGAUGUCAGCCCGUUUCGGUUAGUGAGGCUCAGCCCCGAAGAACUGCUCUCUAAAGAAAUUUCUGAUUGGAGGAAAACUGGUACCUCUGAGAUACUGGAUUCUAGUGGAAGGACCCAACCAGGGCAGUCCAAAGCUGGAUCCAAACAGGACGCAGCUCCCCCUGAUGUUGACAUGGAAGAAGCCCCUUCCAUGUCUGAUGGAGAUGUAUGUAUCUCUGCUACUUCCCAAUCUCCUCGCUUGGCUUCUGGGGCAGAUCAUCAGGAAUCCCAUUCUUCUGCCACACUUCAGAGUUCUGCUUCAGCAGGAAAAAGCAGUGCUGUCCCAGACAUCUUGAGCAACAUGUUGAAAGACACCACGGCAGAACACAGGGCUCACCUGUUUGACCUUAACUGCAAGAUUUGCACAGGUCAGAAGUCAGCUGAUGAUGAGCCAGCAGCUAAAAAGCCUAAAAUGUCGGUUCCUAAAAAACAAGACCCUCCCGAAAAACCCAAAACAGAGCAGCGACCCUCCAAGGUGCCAGCAGACCAACCUAACAUCUCUUACUCUGCCAGUGACAUGUCUAUGCCUCAUCAACCAAGUAGCAUGGAAGAACAGAGCAGCACGGUGCCUGUUGUGCAAGCUCCUAUGGUAAUGCCGGCAGUUUCUUCUGUCACUAUAAGCCGCCGCGACCCUCGUACUGCCAGCCACCGCUCCUCUGCACCUCUCACUCAGACUGAGCCUGAUGUCAGUAUGCCUGUUGGGGCACCAGUCAGUGUGCCUGUUGCCACACCUGUGCCCUCUGAAGCUCCUGUGAUGGACAUGAAGGGGCCGUUGCCUAUGCCACCUGGAGUUCCCGUAUCUCUGUCUAAACCUGUGAUGCCAAAACAAGUCACUUCAACAGAAUCACGGCACUACGGGGCCAGCGCAUCCAGCAUGACUGAGCCCCCUCCUGAGGGAGAGACAGCUCUGUUCCUGUCAGGACAGGAGAUUAUGUGGAAAGGAUUUGUCAACAUGCACUCUGUUGCCAAGUUUGUCACGAAGGCCUACUUGGUCUCGGGCUCCUUUGAGCAUCUCAAGGAGGACUUACCUGAUACCAUUCAUAUCGGUGGUAGAAUAUCACCACACACAGUUUGGGACUAUGUUGGUAAACUGAAGACUUCAUUGUCAAAAGAGCUUUGUCUUAUUCGUUUCCAUCCAGCAACCGAAGAGGAGGAAGUUGCGUACGUGUCCCUGUUUUCUUAUUUCAGCAGCCGCAAGCGGUUUGGCGUAGUGGCCAACAGCAACAAACGAAUCAAAGACCUUUAUCUCAUUCCACUGAGUUCCAAAGACCCUCUGCCUGCUAAACUCUUACCUUUCGAUGGACCAGGUCUCGAGCCAGCUCGUCCGAAUCUCCUGCUUGGGCUUUUAAUUUGUCAGAAAGACAAGAAACGUGCUGGAGCCCCUCUGGAAAGUGAGGAAAAACGUUCUAAAACACAGCGAGAUGAUGAGACUGGCCUCCCAAAACCAAUCAGUGUUAGCAAAACUGACAAAGCCAUGCGAAUCAGUCAGGAGCCCAUAAGCACAACUCCUCCUGGAACUCCACCCCCUCUCAGCAGUUCUGAGUCAUCAGUUGGUCCGCUUACAUCAUCAGUGUUUUCCAUCUUGUCCUCCGUCAAGGCACCUGGUGUCACCACAAGUACAGGCAGUAAUUCCCCAUCAAUCACGGCCACCCCAGCAGUUCCUGUCACAUCUACUACUCCACUUCAGACCAUCCUGAAGACCUUGUUUGGUAAGAAGAAGGAUUCUGAAGCUUCUCAGUCCCCUUCAGAUCGAAGUUCAACAGAUGUUUCUGUUCCUCUGCUGGAUCCGAUUGUUGAGCAGUUUGGCAUUACAAAAGGUAAAAAAGUAGAUGAACAAGAGGAUGAUAGACCGUAUGACCCAGAAGAAGAAUAUGAUCCCAGUGUUUCAUAUGUUAAAGAAAAGCCUAGUGAGUCUAUGGUCUCUACAAGCAUCACACAACCAGAGGUUAGAACUGGUAUGGUAGAUGAUGUGGCGUAUGACCCUGAAGAUGACUCCAUUUUUGAGGAGGUUAAGGGUGAUCCAGGUUCCAAGAAGCAACUAGAGGAACUGGACCAGCAAAUACCUGAUUCUAAAUCUCUCAUGGCCAGCAGUCAGUUACUUCAACUUGGUAAAAAGGUCGAGCAGUUGGUUGCAAAAAGCACAGCUACUAUUCCAGUUAUUAAUCAGAGAAGGGAUCCCAGGCAGAGUAGGGACCCUAGACAGGUGGCUGCCAGUCAGAGGCUAAACUCAGAUGAUUCUGUAGAAAAGGACGAGGCUCCUGCUGUUACGUCUAUUACUACUACUUUGAGUAAUACUGAUGCUACAGCUGCUCCUACUACAAUAACAGACAAACCACCCCUUGACAUUGCUGCAAUACUAGACACAUUAACGUCACAACAGCCUAAAGUCAUAGACACUCCAUUACAGGAUUCCUUAAAUGUAGAACCAACAGAACCUUGUGCAACCACAGAUUUGCCGCCAUCACAAGAUGAUGAGAAUGUUGACUCACAACUCUUGCAUCCGACUGAUCCUGAGUUAGAAUCAGCCAAGCCUGAAGAGGAAUCAAACAGUGAAGAGGUGCCUUUGCUAGAUGCAGAUAGCACAGAAAUUCCACUUUUAGGGGAAAAAAUAGACCUUGAUCUAGUAGAAAGUUACCUGGACACAGAACCUAAAGAAAGUCCCAAAGAAAAUGUUCCGUUUGAAUCAGAAAACAAGAGUUUUGAAGAAAUUUGGCCUAACUCUGCAACCAUUUUAAAAAAAGAGCCAAUCUCUUCUGUUGAAGAGUCAGCAGAAUCUUCUACAACGACAUAUUACAACAUCACAACAAUCAGUACACCGAUAACUUCUAUGGGGAGGCCACAGGAUGUGACACAAGUGAGUUCAUCUUAUAUGGAUUCACAUAGCUCUCAUAUGCCACACAUGACUGGACCAAACUCACAAACCGAUUAUCGAGGCCCCUCAGACAUUCCACCUCCAUUGUCUUUCCCCCCGCCGGUUGGGCCUCCACCUGCACUUGGUCCACCACCAAUGACUGUUCCACCCCCCAUGCAUAUUCCACCUCCAAUGUCAGGGCCACCUCCCAUUUCAGGACCACCUCCAAUGCAAAUGCCUCCACCAAUGCAAGGCCCGCCUCCACCUCACGGGGAAAACGACCUGUCACAGUAUCCGCCACCUGGCCCAUAUGCACCUUACCAGAAUCAGUGGGGAAACAGUCCACAGUUUGAUGCUUCAAGAGGACCACCUCCUCCAAUGGUUACACCCAGAGGGCCCCCACCUUCAGUCCCACCAAUGGGUCAAAGAGGCCCUCCACCUCAAAUAUUUAAUAACAACAUGCCCCCACAUCAUAUAGGACCUCGAGGCCCACCUCCUGGUCCUCUGCCACCAGGCCCACCACUCCCUCCUUUUGAUGGACAAAGAUUCAAUGGGCCUCCUCCACCUUUCAACUUUCCUGGACCCCGAGGCCCACCACCACCAUUUGCAGGCCCUCCCCCUGGUCAUUAUGAGAGCAGGGCACCACCACCCUCUCACUUCCCUGGGCCACGUGUUCCACCCCCUCCUCACAACAUUGGGGAAGCUGGACCACUGCCUAACAUCCCAAGAGGGCCUGCAGACAAUGAUGGUGGAAGUUCUUAUCAGCCAGGGAUUGAGCAACCCCAGGGACAAACAGCCUCACACAAUUACAGAGACAAUCAGGGACCCUCACAUGGACCUCCCUUUAGGGGACCUCCACCAAACCACUUUGAUGGACGAAGAGGCCCACCUGGUUCUGCAGGAGAUAUUCCAGGGCACCGAUUUCCUCCUCCAAACCAAUUUCGUGGUUCACCUCAAGAUAGAGUAUCCUUUGAAGAACCAAGAGGAGGGUCAUCCCAAGACUUAGAAAGACACAGGGGUCCUGCCCCUCAGCAUUUUGGUGGGCCAAGAGCUCCACUGCCAGGACACUACUCUGAUAAUGAUUCUGGAGGUCAGACAUCACGCUACCAGCUCAAUGACCAUCUAAAUGAGAUAAGACCUGUAAGGGGGCCUCUGUUGCCUACUCCUACUGAAGGUCCCAUCCCAGUACCAGGCCGCAUGGGUGGGCAUAGCCCAGAGUCCCUUCGUGACGACCACUGGAGAAGACACUCCCCUGAAAUGAGAAGACGGAGCAGCUCAACUAGAGAUGGUUCUGAGCCUCAGGACAGGUCAAGUCGGUUUGACAGUGGCCCCCGUGACCGAGAUGGCCCUUCAAGGCUGUCUGAAGAAAGGCAGCGAGAUGUGUCUGAGGACAGGAAGAGAGACAGAGACCGGGAUGGGCUGCAUGGAAGCCGAUCAUGGGGCUGGACCAGAGACCGUGAAUGGGAUCGUGGUAGGGAGAGAGACCGCGAUAGAGAGAGGGAGAGAGACCACAGUAGAGAUAGGGAUAGAGAUAGGGAGAGAGACCACAGUAGAGACAGAGAUCGUGAUCGCAGCAGGGAAAGGGACAGAGAGAGAGAGCGUAGCAGGGAAAGAGAACGCAGUAGAGGUAGAGACACUGACCGGCACAGAGAAGUUGAGGGGGAAAAGAGGAGGGAUCGGGAACGGGAUCGGGAUCGGGAUAGAGAUCGUUGCAGGGAGAGAGAAUCGGACAGGAAAGACCAUGACCGAGACAGAGGAAAGAAUAGAGAAAGGGAUAGAGACCGUGACCGAGAUAGAGACAGUAGGGACAAAAGACGAGAACGCUCAAGAAGCCGUGAACGGGACCGUGGAAGAGAUAGAGAUAGACGAGAUCGGGACAGAGAGCGGGACCGAGACAGGGACAGGGACAGGGACAAGGAUAGGGACAAGGAUAGGGACAGGGAAAAGGACAGGGACAGGGAAAAGGACAGGGACAGGAGACAGAGGAGCAAAAGCAAAGACAGAAAGGAGGAGAAAAAAGACAAACCUGAGAACUCAAGAGACACUGAGAAGUCUACUGAUAAUGAAGUCAUGUCCUAAUUUUUUUUUUCCCUACAGUGGUCAUGACAUCCUUCAUAUUUGACAAGUUUUGCUACUUUGAAUUUUUUUCUAAAUGGAUUUGCAUGUAUGUGAAACUAUUAUACAUGGGUAAUUUAAAGUCCAUUUUGAACGUUUUUCGCUGCUUCCAUGACACAUUUUGUGCUCUUGGUUACGUUCAAGGACACUGGUCUUGUGAAUUUCAUUUAAAGAUGUUAUUAGAGGGAUAAUGUCAUACCAUGCUACCCAUCACCUGGAAAAAUAUAUUUUAAAAGUACAUAAAAAAAUAAAGAUAUGUAAAUAUGUAUUUGUGUAUAUACAUACAUGUAUGUUUUUAACUAUGUUUUUUCUAGUAGAGAACUGAAGCCAUAUAGCUUAAAAGAAUUAAUGUAAGAGGGAUGAACCGUGGCCUUGAUGAACAAGGUCUCUGUAUGGUAAAACUUGUUUAGCAGUCAAUAGAUAUGCCUGCAGGCUGUCGUCAGUCAGAUGUUCUGUAAGCUUUAUCAGGUUUUGUUUAUUAAACCCCUCUUUGUACGA